AUGCCUCGCCGCAACCCUGCUCGCCAACAACCCCGCCCCUCCCCUCCUCCGCCACCCCAGCGACUCCCUCCUCCUCCCCCACAGCUCUCCGACGAUGUCCUCCAACUCAGACGCCAUUGGAAGUGGGCCGCCUUCUCCCAGUUCUUCUACACCUUCAACCAGCUCUUUGGCACCAAUGACAUCACUAUAACAGACAUCGAGAAUGACCUCGUGCAUUCCACUAGUGUUGCUCUGCCCCGAAUCAUGCAGAGACUCUUGUACACUGUCACUCAGGACAGAAAGGUCUCUCUCGACAAUUGGCAGACAUCUCUUCGCAAACAGUAUGCCAAGAGAGAUCCAGACGCGAAUCCUAUUGGUCCAUUACCAAGCGAUAAAUCCACGCGAGCAACCGAGUCCUUGCGUCCCUCCGAGGCUCCCGUGAAGAGCUCCCGGGCCCCUUCAACCACAGCGAGCAACCACGGUCAACUCGAUGGCUCACGGGCCGAUGAUGAUGAACGUCCUUCAGGUCGUGACACGUCUGGACAUCCUAAAGCUGAAGACCAAGAGACGUCUAUGGACCAACCUUCCAAGGAUAUCAAGGACGAAGACACUUCCCAGAUCGCUGAUCAGACCAACGUGGAUGCGGACGCUGACGAAGCAGUUCCUGAAGAAGAUGAAGAUGAGGAGGAAACGCUUGUGGACUGGCUCACCUUACCCAUGAUGGUCAAGCUAGAGUCUAUGCAUAUAGUCAUGGAGUGGCAUUUCCAGAAUCCAUACCGUCUCCGCUCCCUCAUGAAGGAUGACGAUGAAACUGCUCAAUGGCGCAUCGAACCAAUUGGUUACGACUCAAAGAGGAAUGCGUACUGGCUCAUCGGUGCUGAUCGACUAUGGAUUCAACGAGAACCUCCGCGAGCAAAUCAUAAGCGCAAGCGUCCUACUAAAAAGGAUGGUUCAAGCAAAGGGAAAAGCUCGCAACAGGCCAACAUUGCGCGUCCAUCCAAACGUGCCCGCCUCGAAUCUUCCUCUGCAGCUCCGGUAGCCUCGACGUCUACUCCAUCAAGGCCAACAAGGCGCAGCGCGCAAACCAGUGCCCCAGCCUCGCCGAGCACACCUACAGGCCGAAGCAGCCGUGCUGCGAAAGCUCGUGCUAAUCAAAAGCUUGACGCUCAGGCCAAGGACCUUGCCGAGUACCAGCGGCUGGUGCGCUCCCAAGCUCAUGCUAAAGCGCAGCCAGCAAGUCCGUCCAAGUCAAACCAUCCAACCGGUACGAGAAUGAGUGCGCGGCUGAGAGGAAGCAGUGGCGAUGUAGAAUGGCAAGAGGUUCCAAAGGAGUGGCUUGACGAUGGCGGUUCUGGUGUCAAAGGAAACAAUACCUCUUCCUUGCGAAAUGAGAUCAAGAAACUCAAGACGGGGCUGGAAAGCGACGAUGACAGUGCCAGCGAAUUGACUGAUUUGUCUGAUUUAUCUGAGGAUGGGGGAGAGAAUAGUGAACAGGUCAGUCGAUCAGAGGAAAAGGGAGAACGUGACGAGGACACCGAGGCCGGGGCGGAGCCAAAGGAAGCUGGCUUCGUGGAAUGGGAAACGAUAUGUGUCACGUUAGAGGAAUGGGAACACGUAGCGGAUCGCUUUGCGAAGGCCGCACAUUACUCAGAAAAGGCUUUGUAUAAAGUCCUGACGCAGGUUAUUGUGCCAGCAGUCACUUCAGACCUCAGGGAAAUUAAUCAACGCAGACGCAUGGACGAAGCCGUUUCGCACCGCAAACGGUCGGCUCGGAUUGCCUUCAAGGAAAGCGAGAAGGAGGAGGAGCAGAGAAAGGUUCAGCAGCGUGCUGAGGAGGAAGAGAAGCUUAGUCGCACGCGGAGACUGGAAGCACGGAUCAAGAAGGAGGAGGAAGAGCGUCAAAGAAAGGAGAAUGCGAGGGAGCAGCGGAGGAGAGAAAGGGAGGAACGAGAAGAAAACAGGGCUCGUCUGACAGAGGAAGCGGCAAAGUCCAGACAGACUGGUAAAGAGAAGGGAUCCGGCCCAUCCCAAUCUCCGGCUGCAUCUGUACUCACAAACGGUGUAUCAAGCAAAGCAGAAAGUGGCACUCGGACUCCUGGGGAGGAUUGGGAACUAGAUUGCGAGAUCUGUCAACGUCGAGGCAUGAACCAGGAUGACAAUACGCCGUUGAUGUGCUGUGGAUCGUGCUCAAGAUGGCAACACAUCAUCUGUCACGAUCGUCGAGAUGCUCACGCUGGCCGCCCGAGGCGUGACUGGGACAAGGAGGACUUUGUCUGUGAAAAGUGUCGUCAGUCACGGUUAGCCAAAGCCGCUAGUUUGCACCCUUCGAUCGCUGGCAUGGGGGAUGCAUAUGCUUAUAGGGGUGCUCCACCUCGAGUCAACCACAACGCCGUUCCAUCGUACAAUCACUACCAAGCUCCUGUGGGCAACGGUCAUGCCAUUCCUUCCAUGGCAGCAAGCCUCCGUGGCUCUUUGUAUUCUCCAGGCGGGAGCGCUCAUCAAACCCCUGUAUAUCACAAUCAGCCUGGUGUCACGUUUGCCCAUUAUCAGCCGCAGCAGGGUGGUUUCUCUACAUCUCGACCUUCAUACGCGGCCCAAGACCCGAACCAUGCUCAGCCAUAUUAUCCCCAGACACAAGGGCCAUCGCGCCCAACGCAGUAUCCCUCGUACACGGAAAAAUGGCACACCGCAUCCUAUCCCCGCCCAGGAGCCUCAUAUGGGGCACCUUUUGUUCAGACUUAUCCUCACAACGCGUACGGUCAUUACGGGGACCAGUCCUCCCACGUUGCUCGUGCCCCACAAUCAGAUGUGCGCAGCAACGGUAAUCAAGCAGCAGCUCAUCAAUACCCUCCGUACGACUACAACAGAUGA